AGGCCGUAGCGUAUUGGGGCCACAGUCGGUUGAGAGAGCUCGUUCGCAAAAGUCAUAUUUGUUGUUAAUUGGAGUGAACGCGUCGCGACGUUUGAAGAGCUCAGCAAAGUAUCAAAAUAUUUAAAAAACAUUACAAAGCCAAAAACUAGAACUUAAUGUACGAUAUUUUUCUAUAAUUAAUUUGGAUUAUAAGCGAAAACGACUUACAAUAGUUAAGGAACAAGAAUAAUAACAAAUUGUGAUAAAAAAAGAAUGCAAAGCGUGUAACUCUGAAGUGAAACUUUGAAGACUUAACACCAAAGUGGUACAGAAAAGAUUUUCGUACGCUCACACUCAUAGCAGAUUGUCGUGGCCUGCGAAAAGCAACAGCAAAUUCUGACCUCAAUACGUUUGUAAGGCCAGACAAAAAGGGCGUUGUGACUUUAUACCGCUGCUGCUUACUUGUUAACAUUAUGCACUUACAGACUUGAAACGUCGAAGUAAGUGAGAACGUGAACGGCGUAACAAUCGUUGCAACUGUCCCUUUGAUCGUAUGCGCUAAGAGUCAGUUGUAUUGUCGCGCGGCGUGUCAUUCAAACGGUACGUCAGUUCGCCCGUCUGUCGGUGGUAUAUUAAUCGUCUAUUACGAACUGUGCAUGUCUGAAAGAGAUAACAAGUCAGUAUAACCGUCUUUGAGUGCGUUCUGAACAAACAAAAACAAACACUAAAGCGAAGUACUAAGUAGGUAUACGAACAUACCACCUCUGCGGGUCAAUUGUUGUUGGACGCUUAAAAAACCUUAAUAAAAAGAUUGUAAAGGGAAUCGAUUGUUCUGCAGCAGUGCCAACAAUAAAAUCAGCUGUCGUGGCAUAGCACUCAGAACCUACACAAGUGCAGACGCGCGAAACUGAGUGAAACGCCAAACCACUCAAAGUGAGCGCCCAUACGCUGAAUAGUAACCACUCACAGUAAGCAAGGAGAACGGAGCCGAUUCCCGUAUUUGCCGCAGUCGACUUCAACUUUACUGCCACAGAAUUCAGAGCCCGGAGACGACGCCGAAGAAGAAUACUGAACCAUAAACUACCAGAUAGUAAACGAGAGCAGUCAUUAAUAUUUUUUUUUCACUACUCUUGGGUUGGUCAUAGUAAAUAGACGGUCGGUAAAACGGUGAAUAAUGGAAAAACGUUAGCGUCUCCGUCACGUAAAGCAAAUCUAAUUAAUUCAACAUUACAGCUCAUAGCAGUUGCAACUAGACCAACACACACACACACGCAAAGAUAAUUAAAUUAAGGCUGAUUAAUUUUUUGUAAGAAAAAAGACAAUUACAAAAGCAAAGUGUAUUUUUAGUUCUUCGUGAGUAAAGACUGAUAAAAAGUAACGACAAGGAUUAUUCCAAAAAUACAACAAUACAAAAAAUCAAUAAUAUAAUAAUAAAUAAUAAUAAGAACACGAAGCCAAUGCAGUUAAAGCAACAAAACCACAUUCGCAAUUACGGGUUGACUAAAUACGUUAAAAAUAACUAGUUCAUGUGAAAUAAAUAUAUGUAGAAUAAAUUACAUAGAAUACGCCUAAAAUACCAGUAAUUAAGAAAAAAGUAAAUAUAUAUUUCUACCUACAUACUUGCUAAAUAAAACACAAGGAAAUGAUAUAACAAAGUAAACAACAGCAACAUAUGGAUUAACGUUCCUGAUAUAAUUAACAAGAAACACCCCCUCCACACAAAAAGAUCUGCGCAUACCUGCACAUCUAGCGGAUUAAUAUCAACUGUAUAUAUAGAGCUGGUGUCAGCUUUGCAUUACAUUAACAAGCAUAGUUUCACUACAAGAAAAGCUCCAAAAGCAACUGCGAAUCAUAGAGUAUAUUGAAUGUGAAUUACCAUACCGUUUAGAUAUUACUUGAUAGCACCAGCAACCUUUUGGAUAACCGUCGCUAGUGUCAGUUGUGUAUUGUUUGAGUUUCGAAAUUACAUUAAAUUAUUAUCGUCAUUUGAAACACCAGUGCCUGAAGAUAAAAAGUGCAAGAAAAUAAUUGAAUUGAAUGAUUCAAAAUAUAGCAAGAAUCAAAAGCAAAAAUUCUGUGCUCGAAGUACAUUUCGUAAAUAUUUCGCAACUCCUUACGCUUUACUAUAAAAGAAAUAACCCAAACAAGGAAAUUAGUGCCAACAAAAACAAAAGCAAAAGCAAGCUAAGCAGCAAUAAAGUUAGAUUGUGUUUGUUAAAAUUGAGUCCUUCCAUGUGAAUUCACCCGCAAUAUUGUGAAGAAAGCUUAUGAUAUAAAAUAAAAGAAAUUGUGGGGCAGUGUUUAUAACGAAUUCCAUGUGAAUAAAAAGAAGUGGGAAACUUGUGCGUGAAAGCCAGUCUUUAAGAUUGCAAAAAUUAUUAACGAAACUAUUGCCAAAAUGACGAUGGCUGCGUGCUACGCCAAUUAUGAAAUGUCUUUACCACACAGCAUGUCCACAGCGGCGUUGCUAAGUGCUCAACAUCAUCACCAUACUCACCUCAAUCACAGCCAUAGUCACAACCAACAGCAACAGCAGUCGCAGCAAACGCAUCAUCAGCAACAACAGCAAAUUUACCACCACACGCACCAACAACAUCAGCACCACCAGCAGCAACAUCACUCGCAAUCAUCCAAUGGAGUGACAACGUCGUCGUCGUCCACAGCCAUGGACCGACCAACGUCCAUGGCGGCGGCGACGCCGGCUGGGCGAGGUGGUAAUGCCUCGACAGUCACACCCGCCGUCGCCGCCACCAACUCAGUUAUAAGCAGCACCAAUAUUGGCAGUGCCAACAUCACCAAUAGUCGCAGUAACAGCAACAGCAGUACCAACAUUAAUAAUGGUGCAACGUUGUCGGCUGGUACAACGGUGGCGAUCAUCAGCUCCGGCGGCACUGCGACACCACAGAAAGAUUAUUCCAUUCCAUUGCAUGUAGACUGCAGCGUAGAAUACGAAUUACCAAAUCAACCCAAACCACCGGUAGGCCAACGAGUCGAGCCAUUGCUGAUGAUCCAUCCCUGUUACUUUCGUAAAAUGGAAUCGCAACGGCGCAGUCCUUUUGUUAACAAUAUGCCGGCGUCAGCGCGCAACACUGCGUUGUUGGUGAGUGGCUUAAGUAGCUCCUCUUCGUCAACGGCCACGAAUGGGGCGGCGUCAUCGGCGGCGAGUACGUCUGGUGCAACUGCGACUAGCUCAUCAGCGCGUCGUGCUGCUGCGCGUCAAUCUCAGGUUAUACAGCAACAGCAGCAGCUCCAGACACAGCAACAAUUGCAGCAGCAUCAAGUAGUUGCGCAAUACCAACAACAGCUGCAGCAGCAACAAUUGCGACAGUCAACUCAACAACAGCAGCAGUCACAGUUACAACAGGAGCAGCAGCAGCAGCUCCAACAGCAGCAGAUGUCGCAAAUGUCCCAACAAGCGCAUUAUCCAGUGGUAGUGGCGCAUCACCAUUUGAGCCACCAUCAACAACAAUCGCAGCAACAAAAAGCGGUGCAACAACAAGCUAGCGUUGCCUCAUCUGCUCCAACAUCCUCUUCUGCCUCAACAGCGGUGUAUAUUGAGCACGCUAGUGCAGUGAGAAGAGCAGCAGCCGCGGCUGCUGUGCAUCACCGUAGUAACCAAAGCCGUGCCGCAAACACUGUUGCUAGCAAUGCCAGUCAAGUGCAUCAACAACAGCAACUGCAGCGUCCAAGCCAAAGCACAACUGCCUCGAUUGCGGCCGUGGCUGCCGCCGCCGCAGCCGCCGUUACCUCUCAAAGCCAGCAGAAUAUACUGAGCCAGAAUGCCUCACAAUGGGACCAGUUGGCAGCGAUAGCCGCUCGCUCCUCCAUGACACCAGCCGCGGCUGCGGCUGCUGUGCACUCCAGCCAAAUGUUGGCACCACGCAGCACGCCCGCCUUAUUCGGCAAGAGCUUGUCCGCGGUAGGCAAACGGGACGCCAUGAUUUCCGGCGGCGUAUACGGUGGCAGUGCUGCGACGGCAGCUAGCAACGUAGCCACGCAUCACAACGGAAAGCAACAACAACAACAGCAGCAAAUGCAUUGUUUACCCACUGGGGCGAUGUGGGCCGAUCCCAGCAGCGUGGCGUCAGCCUCCGCGGCCACCUCGUCCACAGCGUCGGCGCUGAUGAUCGAUCGCAGCCCAAUGGCAACAGUUCCUAGCAACUAUCAGGCUGGGCCUGAUACCACCCCGACUAUAAGUACACACUACACACGUGACGAAAAGCUGAGCGGCAAAUACCGGCAGUACCUACGAUCGCAGCGCAUGCAUCCGUACUUGUCGGCGACAACAACGAAUGUGGCAGCCGUCGCUGCAGCAGCUAAUCUCGGUCAAACAUUUCCACAGUUCGCGGCCACACCAUCGUUUCAGCAUCUGCAGCAGAUUUCCUGCUACAAUGUAUGAUCGACAUGAAUUACUGACAACAGUUGCGGCAACAGCAGCCUCAGUAGCAAAACAACAGUAGUGAAAACUGUAAGUGUUCCAUCAAGUGAUUAAGUGCAGUGCAGCUAGCAAAUUGCUUCUUGUGAACGCUAUAAGGUUCUACACCGGGUCUUUGGUCGAAAUUAGACAGUUGAAGUGAACAAGUCACAUAGCUUUCGGAGUUAGCCGAUACCACGCAACGCGUUUAAUGGAGUAGCGGUAGUAUAAAUGGUAAAAUUAUUUGUUAAACAAACUUAUGGAUUACUUUCAAAUGCCAAAUAGCGCAUUUCGUAACAUAAAAGGGCAAAAAUGCUAACCAAAAUUACAUACAUACAAAUUAUAAGAGAAAAAUUAAUGUUAAGCGAUAGCUGCUAAAUUGUUAUAUUGAUAAAGAACCCAUUAGAAAAUGUUUGGAAAUAAGACUACUAUUAGAAAAUGCAACACAUUGCCGAUAUUUAUGUACCGUAACGCUACGCCAUUGACGAAUCGAACAGUUAGACGCUUAACGAAUAUACUUAAAUGCUUCAACGUUAUUGUUAAACGCUUGCAAUAAAAGCUCUAGGGUAGAAAGCAUUUAUAGGUGUGUAAGCCCAGGCGGUCCUAUUGUACCGAAGAAAUGUUUUGCCGACGGCUCGUGCAUCUAUUUAAGCUACUAGCACAUGUCGACCGUAUUGGCAGCUGAGAAUGCCGUCGGCAUUUUAAAUUUAGCCGACGCGUCUUAUAUGUAUGUAUUGUAUGUGUGUGCGCAUCUGAUUAUUUAAUGCAGAGGCUUUCAAGACCUGUUCCAUGUUACUUGUUUGCGUGCUUUGGCGGUGCAACCUGAAAUAACUUAAAUAUGCAGUAAAGCCCACCAAGCUUAUGGGCCUUCCGGGGUGAAGAGAAAUAAAAAUGCAAUUUGUACCCGUAUGUACUUGCCGAAGCGAAUUGCUUAACGUUCCAGACGCCCGUUUUCCGUAAAAGUUGCGUAGACAAUGUAAGGCACACACACACACGUACAUGGAAAUGCAUAUCUGCAUGACCGUCAGUACUUAAUUUGUAUUAAUGCUUUACUUUUCUUUUCUCUUUUUUUUUAAAAUAAAAUUUUAAGUUUGUACUGCUUUAUUCACUGUAAAUAUGUAUAAUGUAAAUAUGUACUUGUUGUUGUCCAAAUCUCAUUUGUUGUUUGUAGUUCACGAGUUCGCUUGAAAGCGCGUUUAUCAGCAGAAACGAAUGACCUUCAGUGCUUUCGUUUCAUCAGCACUUUCUUGAAUUCCUUAAUUGAUGUGAUAUUUAAUUUAAUACACACGCUUGUGAAAUUCCCAAAUUAACAGCGCUAUAAAAUAUAUUAGUGUAGUAGUAAUUUAAUUGAAAAGAGAUUAAAUAAAAAUAAUUAAUAUUCAAAAGUUAUAUUAUGAAUGGAAAUGUGUUUUGUUUUAUAUUUGUUUUUGGUUGUAUACACAUACAUAUGUAUGUAUGUAGAAACAUACAUACAUUGGUAGAUCUGUGGGUUUUGUUGUGUGCGUGUUUGUGUGUGCGCUUAAUUUUUCAAACAUGACGCGUUCGUUGCGAUCGUCUAUCUGUCCGCCGGCUUCCUGUCGUCUUGCGUCGUCCAAAUGGCCAGUCGCAGUUGGGUUGUUGUUGUCGCUUGGCCGCUUUGUCUGUCGCUGGCGUGUUAUGAUUACUUUAUUUAUUUUGUCUAUUCAUUAUGCGCCUUAUUUCAAUGAGACUGACCGCAUUUGGGUCAGCCACACAGAAAUUAUAAAUUUAAAUUAAAUAUACAAAUUAUACUCGCACACAAAUUUCGGUUUUAUGACUUGACAACGCACGACGCACAUACUUAUGUACAUACAUAUACACAUUUAGCGUACAUUGUACCAUCGAGCGGCAGUCCAACGCCUUUUAUGUGAAUUUAUUUUUUAAAAUUUCUGUUUUUCGUUUUAAUUACAUAUUUAUUUCUAGUCACUGGAUUAUUGUUAGUUUCGCUUUGUUUUUUGGCUGAGCAGAAAAUAUUGCUCUUGCUAAAUAAUUAGCCUCGCUUAAUUACGAAACGAGGCUGACUUUGUUGCUACAUUUGCACUCUUGAAUCCAAGUAUCUAUAAUUAAAUGUGUACAUUUUGUGUGUUCAGUGGAUUUAAUGAUACAAAUGAACCUGUCAAAGAUUGUUUCUGGUGGUACGCAGCGCAGGCAGCAGAAUCAAUGAUUGGGUGGAGUUUUCUGUCGCAACGACGUUGCUUAAGCAAUUUUUCUCCUUACGAGGGAGAAUUAAAAACAAGAACAUUUUUUCGUGGUCACUCUCCGUUGUAUAUUUGACUCGCUUAGUAUACAACAAGCUUCUUACAAUUAAAUGCUACUUCUAGUUAUACAAAAUUGGUCAGCUUAAUUCUAUAUUAUUGUUGUUGUAAGCUACUACGUAAAGCAAGCACUUGCUGAUCAGCGAAAGUUCGUCAGCAGAAGUUUCCCAGAUUGCAUUUCAGCAGGUGCACUAAUUUUGAUUAUGACGACCGCUUAUGCAAAUAAAGUCAGCUACUUCACAAUAAAUGCUGUGCUCGCGCAUGCAGCGUCAGUUCUAAGUAAUUAAUGUGUUUCUGCUUAAGUUAACUUGGGAAUGGAAUUGUAUUGUAUGAAAUGUUAUAGUUUGGGGUGUUAACUUGCAUAAUUCAGGCCUAAAUCUCAAUGACCAUCCUCGACCAAGUUACUCCAAGACUCUUACGGGACAUACAUACGUACGUACGUAGCCACAUACAUACGCGUUGACUGAACAUUACAUAUGACAAGUACUAGCUACAAGAAUAUAUUUAAUACAAUUAGCACUCAACAAAAUAAUAAUAAUAAUAAUUAGCUGCAUACAUACAUACAUACUCCAGUAUGUAUAAAUAUACACAUGAAGCAAUGAGGUAAUUAAUGUUCCAUAUUAGCUGUUCUAUGAGCAAUAACAAUUUACUAAUUAAUCAAUGCAUACGGGAAGCCACAAUUAGCAGCGCAUGCGCGUAUACCCAGCGCACAUACAUAUACAUACAUACGUGUAUAUACAUACCUACAUAUGUGCAUACAUAUAUACAUACAUACAUACAAUAUAUAUUAUGUAGAUAUAUAAAAUUAUUGAUUAUGCCGCAUAGAAACAUGUAAACUGACAAAUGGCUCUAACAUGCAUUACGCCAGAAAGCAUGUAGAAAGGAAACAUGACAGCAUGAAAUACGAAAUUAUACUACAAAGGCGCCUGCAACAACAAUAUCUAAUGUCGGUUGAGCGGAGGAAGCACUUAAAAGCAAAUUAAAUGGGUUGAAGUUUGGUUGACGAUGAGCAACCAGUCGCAGAGCAAUGGCAGCUGGCUGGUGAUCAGCUGACCAGCACCGUGGUAGACCGGCCAAACGACAGGUAGCGGGGUAAAGCGGGUUUUAGGAUUUUCGUUAAGUCAACAUUGAAACGAAUGUAUUGUUUUGGAUUUACUCGCAUUUCAGUUGAAAACAUUUAAAAUUUGAAGCGGGACGGUGUAACCGGUUGAAGGGUUUCGUGGGCAGUAAUAGCAAUAAAGUACGAUGAACUGCAGGAAACAAAAAUCACUUUAUCAAAAGACACAUACACACAUGUAGUUGAUUGUUUGGAAAGGUGCGACUGCUGAGCUGAAUAAAACUGCUUUUGUUCAAUAACGAGGCCUCACAGACCAGAUUUCACGUCGCAAACACAAUUCAUUGCCAUGAAAUUGUACGUUUCACGUAUAACAAUAGACUGAGACGCCUACAACUGAGUUCCGACCGCAAGUAAGUACAUAUGUACAUAUGUAUGUUCAGCUUGUCAAGCGCGUUUUAAACUUACUCUUCCCUGACGUUGUAUAUCUCGGGUAGAAAUUCUCUUUCAGCUUUCGAGCAACAUAAAAAUGCAAAUGACAAGUAUACGGCGACUUAUGGCAAAGUACAUACAUAGUACAUACAUACAUACAUACAUAUAUGGCUGCUUAUGAUAUCUAUGCUGAAUAAUUAUUGAAACUAAUUACAUACAUAUAUACAUACAUAUGUACGUAUACAUAUAUAUAUGUAUGUACAUAGUCGUACAAAUAGGAUAUGAUAAGCACAUCUGCCACAUUAGAUAUGACAACUACAGAAUUUGGGACAGACGGACCCAAAAACCUAAGGACACACACAGGCACCCGCAUGCAUGCCAAAGAAGGAGUGCCCUACAGCGCUUCGUGAGUACGGCAAACACAGAAAACACCAAACCACACAUCAUUUUCCUUUAAGCGAUUUGAAAUCGGCAAAUCGAACUUUAGUUGGGGCGUAUUGAAGGCGAAGGGUACUUUAGUAUAGUAAAUGCCUGGCCUUCGAUCAGCAACUUUUGCAGAUGUCUCAUUUUAAACAACAAGAUAGUUAAAUUUGUUAGAACUAACGUCACGGACAUUAAGACAACAACUCCAGGCACAGGCAAUUGUAGCUAAUAUCGUUGCAAGUAAAGUAGAGAACUAGAACUGAAUAAGUGAAAUACAAAAAAUAUACAUACACUCAUUCACAAAUAGACAUUCAUACAAAAUAAAAAUAUAACGGUAAUAACUUAGAACUGAAUGCAAAAGUAAUUACCAACUAAAAUGUUAAGUCGAGCCGAGAAGGCCUCGCUAACUACCUGUAUAUGCUAUAAUAUGUAAGUAUGUAUGUGUGUGUGUCGCAUUUUGCCCUUUAUGAAGAACGAAUUGUCAAACGCAUACAUACAUACAUACACACAUAAAUAACUAAAUAAAUAUGUAUACCGAAAUAUUGUUUUUGAAUGUUCCCAUAUAAUUUGAAAAUAUAAAUGCAAUGCAAGCCGUUAAGCAUACCAACAUAAUCAUAUGCAUUUACACACACAUACACAGGCUCUUGUAAAUCAGCGAAUGCACACAUGCAUACAUAUGUACAUAUGUAUCCAUAUUUGUGUGUGGUUUUAAAUGCAGGCGCAUUUGCUGAUUUUGAAGUAAAAAAACCGAGAGGAUUAUGAUAACAUCCCAAACAAAUACACCUACAUAAAUGUAUUAUGUAGAAAAGAAAAUAUGUACAUAUAUAGACACGCAUUAGUAAUAUCAACAAUGGUACAGACUUAUGCAUAUGUAGCAUACAAACACACGAAAACAUACAAACACGUAUAGUUUCAUAAAUUAAAUGUGAUAGUAGUUUUAUAUUGAUUAUUCAUUAAUUGACAAAUGGAGCGAACGUUUUCGACUCAUUUAAGUUAUUAUUGUAUUUUUUAGUUUUAUAUUUAAAUCAUUAAUUAUUGCAUUAUGUACAAUAACAAAUAUCAUUAUGAUUAUUCUCAUUAAUUGUAUAGGAGUAUUAUUAUGAGUUCGAUAUGUAAAAAUGUAGAAUACCUUUGUUGCAAACCUGUAAAUCACAUGGGUAUGUAGAUGUAACCACACACAACCAAUGUAAAACAUAAAUAUAUAUGCAUAUAUAUACAUGUGUAUACAUAUAUGUAUAGUAACAAUAUAUUGUAAAGACUUAAGUUUGUUUGUAAUGUAGAAAAGCAAAACGCUUUAAACAAAGCUAUCGGAAAGCAUAAAGGUGAGGAAAAAGAAAAAUGUAUGGGAAAACCGAAGAAAAUACAUAAAUAUAAAUUAUUAAUUAAAAUUAAUAAAUUUGUAGCAUAUUUAAUGAUUACAAUGAUACAAGGAAUUAUUAUUAUAUAAUCACUCACUCACAAAAAAAUCAACAACAAUUACAAGCAUACAUAUUAACAGCAGAACAAGCUAUAUAUACAAAUACAAAUACAAACCAACAUGAAUACAUAUAUGAAUAUACAUACAUACAUAACUUAAAAAUGCAGGAAAUUAAAUAAAGCGGAAAUAGCGAAAUGAGCCGAGAGAAAUCUACAAAAUAACAGAUGAAAACUAGAAAGACGCAGGAAUGAUAUAGAAAAACAACAACAAUUAAAUAAAAAAAUACUAAAUUGAUUUGAUCAAAACAUUACAAAAA